UGUGUUUAGAGGAUUUAGGGUGAUACGAGUGUAUGGAAUGUGUAAUUGUUAAUUGUUUCCUUUAAUUAUAUUGUUAUCGUCUAAAAUCAUUUUGAUCUCUUGACAUAAAAACAAUUGUAUAUGUAUUGUAUAUGACUUUUGUAACAGUUCUUAUAUUUAAAGCAUUUGUGUCUCGUGAUAGAUUCCAGAGCUCAAACUUAAGUAAUUGAGACACCCUAACAAUAUUAAAGAUUCUAAAUAAUUAGUGUUAUGGGUAAGGGUUUUUUUUUAUCUCUGAUGCUCAACCAUAAUGUUCUUACAGAGAAGUGUUUAUUAACAGUCAAUCAUAUUUAAGAUGGUCGCAGGACCAAUAGAGCAUGGGAUGCAGGCUGAUGUGAUAUUUGUUAUAGAAGGUACCGCAGUUAAUGGUGCGUACCUUCACGAUCUGAGAACCAGUUACCUUAUUCCUACACUGGAAUAUUUUAGUCAAGGUGGAAUAGAGGAUCGUGAAUAUGUUUCAGAGAACAGUACAACACUUUAUGGAAUUGUUGUGUAUCAUGCUGCUGAUUGUCUACCAGCUCCUUGUACAGGAACCUAUGGUCCUUACUCAAAUCCUCACAAACUUUUGAUGACAUUGGAAAAGCUAGAAAUGGUGGGAGGAAAGGGAGAGUCUCAUGCAAAUAUUGGAGAGGGCCUUGCAACAGGUUUACAAUGCUUUGAAGAUUUGCAAUUACGACGAGAACCAAACACAGCAUCGCAGAAGCACUGCAUUUUAUUAUGCAAUUCGCCCCCGUACCAAACAGUGGUUCAGGAAUCUUACAAGUUUGCAGGGCAUACUGUGGAGCAACUAGCUGGACUGUUCCAAGAGAGGAACAUCAACCUAUCAAUCCUUUCACCACGAAAGAUACCUGCUCUAUUUAAAUUAUUCGAGAAGGCUGGAGGAGAUUUGCAGUCUUCUCAAACAAAAAAUUAUGCGAAGGAUCCGAGACACUUGGUCUUAUUACGUAAUUAUAAUCUAAAGGAGACACCAGUAUCCCCGACACCAGGUGUCCAUGUGCCAGCACCUUCCAAUGUUCAGAUUCCAUUAAGUCCGCUUCAGAGCAAUGACAGUCCUAAUCCAAAUCAAGCUGUUCAAAGUAUCGCCCAACCAGCGCAAAAUCAGCCUACAACCUUCAGGAAUCAGGCCCCAGCACAAAAUAUCACCUCGGUGCAUCAGCCAGUUGCACCACCCAUGGUUGCUCCAAUGACAGCUGGCCGUCCACCAUUUAGUCCUCAAAUUGCUGCGCCACCAAAUUAUCCUCCAAACACGAUUAAUAAUCGUGCUGCUCAUCCACGAUGGUUCAGGCCACCGUUUAUCGCACCUGGUGCAACGGCCCAACCGAACCCACAGAGCAGUGCUCUCAUCGCUCAAUUAACACAACCACCCUCUUCACUGGGGAUUAACGUAUCGCCAUUUGGCCAGAGGAUGGACGGUAGAGGUACGAAUGUAAUGGCCGGCAAUACGCAACAGCAGCAACAGCAACAGUUAACGCAGCAGCAGCAAUUACGACUUACCAUGCAGUUACAGCAGCAGCAGCAGCAACAACAACAGCAACAACAACAACAACAAUCACAACAGCAACAGGCGUCCAUGGGCAUGGCUGGUCAGCCUGCACAAAGCCAAGCUGGACCACAGCUGUCCGUUUCCGGUGUGAGCCAAUCGGUGCCAACUCAGGUCCAGCAGACAGUCACAGCUUCACAGUCAUCCUCAUCGGUAUCUUCGGUGACUCCCCAGAUUCCACAUAGUCAACCACAGGGUACUGUCACCGGUGGUCCUGUUCCUGGACAACAGAUGGCCACUACUCGGCAGACUAUUUGGCAAGGAACUCUUGAAUGGAUUGAGAAGGCAAAAAAUCCUACGGAUACUCAAAAGCAAACUCGUCACGUUCCUUGUCAAGUGUCAGCGAAUCUGAAGGACGGCGAACCGGAACUAAAAGCUGAAUCUUGGCCACAGAAGCUAAUAAUGCAACUAAUGCCGAAGCAAUUGAUAGGAAAUAUUGGCGGAGCUUACUUGAAAAACUCGAAAUCUGUUCUCUUUCAUCCAAGUCCAUGUGAAGCUCUCGAGUCUUUGACAAAGGUCAUGAGUUCCGGCUUUGCUGGGUGUGUUCAUUUUACUUCGAUGCCAUCACCAGCACCCUGUGACAUAAAAGUUCUCAUUUUAUUGUUUACUGCUGAGAAAAGAGCUUAUUUAGGAUUCAUUCCAAACGAUCAAACUGCUUUUGUCGAUCGACUUCGGAAAGUUAUUCAGCAUCAGAAAAGCACACAAGCUCUUAUUCGACAGGGACAGGCCGGAAACGUUCCGGGAAAUAAUAUUUCUGGUGCGCUACCGACUUCCGGAAUUUCUCAAGGGAUUCUUAUGUCGCAGACGAAUACUAUGGCUAUGGGUGGUGGUCAAAUAACACAAAAUGUUGUUUCAACAAAUGGACCUCAGCAAGGAUUAACUACAUCUGGUGGGCCACAGGGUCAAAUUAACAUGCAGGCUAGUGGCAUGUCAGGACCCCAGCAAGUAAGCGCAGGACCAGGAAUGAUGGGACAGCAGAGACCGCCAUACGAUGAUUUGGAAAUGGCCAGGCAACAAAACCUUUUGAAGAUACAACAAUUGCGACAAACGCUUGAAGCUGCACAGCAACAGGAGGCACAAUACAAGUCACAGCUGGAAGUAAACAUUCAACAAAACCUUGAAGUUGCUCAGCAGCAAGAAAUGCAAUUUAAACAACAACUCGAGGCACAACAGGCACAAAGAGGAAUUAAUCCUGGCGCCGGCAUGGCUGGGCAGCAGCCAAAUACUCAGAGAAUGAUGCGACCCGUAAUGACCAACAAUCUUGGUCUUCGUCACCUGUUGCAGCAGCAACCACAAUAUAGGCAAGUUCUGGGAAUGCAGCAGCAAAUGGUUGGUCCCAGAGGACAAAUGUCCACAAGAUUAAUGGCUCCUGGAAAUCCACAGAAUCAACAAUUUGAAGACGUCUCUAAUUACGAUUUUCUUGCAUGAAAUUUUUAAUGAAUAAACGUGCUUGAUCAUGAUGAAAACUGUAUUGAACUGUAACUGAAAACAAAUGUUUAGAAUAAUGGCAUUACUAUUCUUUUAAUAAGUACUGAUCGAACAUUAUAAUGUAAAAAAAGUGGUGGCAAUAGAAAAAUUGAUUUAUAAAGAA